GACUCAGCUGUGCAAAGCAACACGUUCACUCUCUCCCAAAAUGAAGUACUCUCUUGUACACGCUCUGUCGUCCUUGGCUGGCUCAGCCUUCGCACUUCCUGCUCCUCAGGCUACGCCCUCAGGGGCGGUAGGCUCACUGCGCGGUUCUGAAGCAUUGAUCGGCUAUGAAUCAUCAAAUCCUAUCUCCACGGAAUCGACUGUCGUCCCACCUAGUGAAUUUGAGCUUGGGACUGGACAGUCUGCAGAUCCUGACAAAGGUCUUUACAUUGACCUCACCAACGUGAAGAACCCUCAGCCUAUUCGAGGUGGCACGACUGGACCUACAGAUCCUGGCCCAAGAACCGAUGUUUACGAUGCUCUUAACAGCGACAUCUUCGCUCCGCCUGUUACUGAUUCGGGUGACGUGGGGAAUGCAAAGUGGCCUUUCGGCCUAUCGCACAAUCGCCACGGCCUGGCUGGUGCAGGGUGGGCACGGAACCAGAACGUUGGCCAGCUGCCCAUUGCAACAGCGAUGGCAGGCGUCAACAUGCGGCUGAGUCCAAACGCUUAUCGUGAGCUUCAUUGGCACAAGCAGGGCGAGUGGGCUCUUAUGCUCAAUGGUAGCGUCCGUGUUCAGUCGAUGAAUGAAGCUGGCGAAACGUUCGUCGAUGAUGUUACAGAGGGUGAUGUGUGGUUCUUCCCACCCGGAAUCCCGCACUCCAUUCAGGCCUUCGACACCGGGUGUGAGUUCCUACUCGUAUUCGACAGUGGCGAUUUCUCCGAGGACAACACCUUCCUUCUCUCUGAGCUCAUGGAGCGCAAUCCAAAGGAGGUCCUAGCCAAGAACUUCCGCACGACAACCAAGACGUUCGACAAUCUGCCGGAGGGUCAGCUUUGGAUCUUUCCAGGCACUCCAGCACCUAAGAAUAUAAGCGAACAGAAUGUCACGGGUUCCGCUGGUAUCAUCCCCAAGCAGACACAGUACACGUACCACUUUUCCCAGCAGCAGCCACUGAAGGUCCCAGGUGGAUCUAUCAAGAUCCUCGACCCCACUACGUUUCCUAUUGCCGACACCUUCUCGACUGCACUGAUCACCAUCGAGCCUGGCGCGAUGCGCGAGAUGCACUGGCACACCACUUCUGACGAGUGGACAUACUUCCUCCAGGGUUCGGCUCGCCUCACAGUGUAUCAAGCACCUAGUUCCUCGCGCACAUUUGACUUUACUGCUGGCGACGUCGGAUACGUACCUGUCCCGAAUGCACACUACCUCGAGAACACCGGUAAUGAGACUUUGAUCUUCCUUGAGGUGUUGCAGGCAAGCACAUACUCUGACAUCAGUGUCAACCAGUGGCUGGGCCUUACGCCCAAGCAGAUUGUGAAGGACCAUUUGAAGGUUAGCGACGACUUUUUGGCUACGCUGAAAAAAGACAAGCAGUUCAUUGUGCCGGGAAACCCUGAUCUGACAACUACUGACUUUACACCUGCUGCUGGUGGUUCUUAGAAGAGUUAGAUUGUAUGAUAUACAAAUGAUAAGAGAGGCCAAAGUACAUAAAGCAUGUGAAUUAUAU